AUGUCCCACUCCGAGGCCGACCUCAAGGCCCUCACCGUCGUCAAGCUCAAGGAGCUCCUCGCCGCCCGCUCUCUCCCCGUCACGGGCAAGAAGGACGAGCUGAUCGCCCGCCUCCUGUCCAACUCGGACGCGCCCCUCACGGCCGACUCGACCGGCCCGACGAGCGCCACCGACGAGCCGGACGGCACCGGCCUGAGCGGCACCGCCGAGGCGAGCGCCGCCGCGACGGGCGAGUCGGAGCGCAGCGCAGGCCAGACGGGCGAGGCCCUCGGCCAGGGCGCGGCGGCGGACGAGGCGGCUGCAGGCGGCGAGGCCGCGACCGACUCGGCGACGACCAACGGCGACGCCGCGCCGGCGGCACCUGCCCCGACCGCCGAGGAGGCUGCCGCCGCGCAGGCCCAGGUCGACGCCGACAAGGUCGCCGCCGCCCGCCUCGAGGAGGACAAGCGCGCCGCGCGUGCCGCUCGCUUCGGCAACGCGGCGCCGUCGGCCGAGGCGGCGGCGCCCAAGGAGGGCGACGAGAGCGUCGAGGCCAAGAAGAAGCGCGCAGAGCGGUUCGGGCUCGAGGUGGACGCGGGCAACAAGGACGUCAAGGGCGACGACAAGCUCAACAAGUCGCUCGCCGCCCUCGACGCCCCGCUCGGGUCCAACAAGCGCCAGCGCGAGCCCAAGAAGCCCCUCGCGACGUACAAGACGAACCCGCAGGGCGAGAAGAGCGUCGCGGGCGCCGCAGCCGAGACCAAGGGCGGCAAGGUCGACGCCAAGAGCGCCGCGGCAGAGCCGGCGGCGGCCGUCGCGGCCGACCCGGAGCUCAAGAAGAAGCUCGAGGAGGAGGAGGAGAAGAAGCGCAAGCGCGCGGCGAGGUUCGGCCCGCCGGCAGCAGAAGAGCCGCAAGAGAAGAAGGCCAAGGUCGACGCGUGA